CCUAACUUCUCACUUCUUAUUUGGGUAACUUUGAUAUCUUAAUUGUGAAAUUCUAGUUGAGAACUUAGAAACACAGAAGCUGCGGAUAAAGCUUAAAGGUUGCAUCCACUUCGAUUUUGAAGCUGAAACCAGCUAUGGGUUUGCUCACUAUAGGCUGUGGGAAGUGUUUUUGCUACUAUGGAACCAAAGUGCUUUCAACCCAAAACUCAAUCAGUGGCACUAGAUUUAACAUAAGGACCUUUGCUAGUCGCAAAUCAAUGAAAAAAUCAAGAAGAGAGGGACGACUAAGUAAAAGUUACACCAUACAAACUAAAGAGACUUUAUCAGAAGACAGCAAUGUCCUAGCCGAUUCUUGUCUCUCUAAGGAUGACAAUAUAAAUAAUGGAAAAAAUGUACAUUCAGCUUCACAGGAUUCAAUUUCCAUUCCUUCCAGGAGCAAUGUGCUUCAAGCCUGUACCAUCACUUCUGGGUUGAUAGCAGCUGCGGGUUUAAUAAUUAGACAGGCAUCGCAUGUUGGGUCAAUGGAAGGAUUGCCGAUUCUUGACAGCUCCAUGAAAGUAUCAUUUGGUUUUGAGAUGUGGCAUCUUGAGUUUAUCACUGGAUUGGUUGUGCUAAUUUCUUCAUGUCGGUAUAUAUUAUUGAAGACGUGGCCUAGUUUUUCCGAGUCAAGUGAAACAGCCAAUAAGCAGGUUCUUUCUUCACUACAACCUUACGAUUACUUGAUUGUUGCAUUUCUGCCUGGGAUGAGUGAGGAACUCCUUUUUCGUGGUGCACUUCUUCCAGUUUUUGGAUUUGACUGGAAGAGUGUCCUGGUUGUUAGCACACUUUUUGGUGUUUUACACUUGGGCAAUGGGAGAAAGUAUUCAUUUGCAGUAUGGGCAACUUUUGUUGGGAUUGUGUAUGGUUAUGCAACAAUCGUAUCUUCUAGCCUCAUCGUUCCCAUGGCUUCCCAUGCAUUAAACAACCUUGUUGGAGGGCUUCUUUGGCGCUAUACCUCAAAGGCCGUUGACUGAGAAUUAGAUGCCAUUUUGGGGUUUUAAGUCAAGUUGGUACACUGUCUUGAAUAUGCAUCAUCUAUGUACCCAGGUUCGGGUGGGUCAGAUAAGAUUUUGUUUCGAUACGGAUAUUAGACAUGGUA